GACCUUGCAGGGGAAGUCGCUCAGAAUCUGCACGAUUUUUUUAGAGCUGUAUACAAGGUGGUUACUGAAGCAGACGUCGAAGAGUUUGAGGCAAGCUAUAGAGGUUCUGAUUCUGAAAAGAAUGAUCUUAUUGAUCUAUACGAGAAAUUCAAGGGUAACAUGAACAGGCUUUUCUGUUCAAUGCUCUGCUCAGAUCCCAAGCUUGAUUCCCACCGCUUUAAGGAUAUCAUUGAUGAUGCAAUAGCAGCAGGUUGGUUUUUUGACAAUUUGAUCUCUUCUUGA